UUGAACACUGUGUGUUCCUGUGUGUGCGUGUGUGUGUGUGUGUUCACUAGGUGUGGUGGCUGCUGCAGGCCUGAAGCUCAGAGACCUGAUGAGUUGAAGAUGGCUGACUGAGCCUCAGCAGCACACAGAAAAAGAACAGCCACGAGAACAAAACUCCGAGACGGAAUGACAUUCAAAUGAAAGAAAAAUACAAGACGUGGACAGAAACAUUCAGAACUCUUCCUCGUCUUCAUCAUGCCUGCCAUCCAUCAAUUAAUACGAAAUCUCUCUGACCCCGCUGUGUCAGUCACAGGGCACCCGACAGUAACAUUUCAAUACACCACCUUCUCCACCACCCCGACCUACACUAACACCACCAGCAAUCCAGCUGCAGAUUUGUUCCAUAACCUGCUGGACAAGAUUCCCUUGCCUCGAUGGGCGGUCUACACCAUCAUCGCGUGUGCCAUUCUGCUGAUUGUGAUCUGCUGUCUGUGCAUCUGCGCCAACUGCUGCUGCAAAAACAAGAAGAGGAGGCAGAAGAAGAAGAAGAACGAGAAGAUCAACCUCCCGGAGGUGAACAAGAACACCACCACUGCGCUGGUGCAGCCAGAUGUGGCAGGUGUGGACUAUGGCUCAACCAAACAGGAUAGAGGAAAGCUGCUCUACUCUCUGGAGUACAACAACGCUCUGUCUGAGCUCCAAGUCGGCAUCAAAAAAGCCAGUGACCUGAAGGCCAUGGACCUGGGUGGAAGCUCUGACCCGUACGUCAAAGUCUACAUCUGUCCAGAGAAAUCAAAAACCUGUGAGACCAAAGUGUUCAGGAACACACUGAACCCAGUCUUCAAUGAGCAGUUCUCCUACAACAUCUCUAAGUCCUCCCUCUUGAAGUCAACCGCGGUGAUGAAGGUGUUCGACUUCAACAGAUUUGGCAAACACAACAUCAUCGGAGAGCUCAGGCUGCAGCUCAGCAACGUCGACUGGAACCACGUCCUGGAGGAGUGGCAGGACCUCGCUGAGCCUGCCAAGUUUGAGGAUGAAGAGCUGGGGGAGAUCUGCUUCUCCCUGCGCUACGUUCCCACUGUCGGCAAACUGACCGUGGUGAUCCUAGAGGCCAAGAACCUGAAGAAGAUGGACAUCGGAGGAUUAUCAGAUCCGUACGUGAAGGUGCAGCUGGCUCUGGACAAGAGGAAGUGGAAGAAAAGGAAGACGUCCAUUAAAAAGAAGACAUUGAACCCCUAUUACAACGAAUCGUUCACUUUUGAUGUGACAUUUGAUCAAAUCCAGAGGGUAAACCUGGUCAUCUCUGUGUGGGACCACGACGCUGUGACGCGAAACGACGCCAUGGGGAAGAUCUUCCUGGGCUGUGAUGCCACAGGGAACCAAUUGAGACAUUGGGCCGACAUGUUGUCCAACCCACGGCGGCCGGUGGCUCAGUGGCACAGCCUGCUGUUGGCCGAGCAGGUCAACUCCACACUGAACCUGAAAAAGAAGAUCCCUCUGCGUGACAAACUGCCCCUUUGAUGGAAAAACAUGUAACAUUCUCAGGAAAAUCACUGACAAAGAGAUUGAAAUAUUGAAUAUUCUACAUAUAUAUAUAUAUAUAUAUAUUCUAUAUCUAACUGACUACCCUGUAUUGUAAAUUAAAGAUCAAUUAUAUUUUACUAUCAAAUCAUAUAAUGUUUGUUUUUUUUAACUUUAAAACACGAGCACUUUCCUUCUGUAUGAAAUGUAUCUCUAAUCCAGACUUUGCUUUAAUUUGAAAAUAAAUGUCAUGAAAUCUCAUGUGA